AUGGAAGAGGACCUCCGCCUCGAUUCGAAGAGCUACGCCUGGCUCCUGACCAUCUUCUAUAUCUCAUACACGGUGUUCGAAGUCUUUGGAUUGAUGUGGAAGGUUGUUAAACCGCACCAAUGGGCUGCUUUUACAAUAUUCUCAUGGGGGUUGGUCGCGACGUGUCAAGCCGCAACAACGAAUUGGCAAGGCAUGAUGGCACUUCGCUUCCUAAUGGGUGCAUUUGAGGCCGCCUUCGGCCCCGGAGUCGUCUACCUGAUGUCAUUUUUCUACCGCCGCCACGAGCUGGGUCUCCGGUGCGGUUUCUAUGCCGGUGCUGCGCCAUUGGCAAACACAUUCGCCGGAGCCCUGGCUUACGGCAUUACCUCCGGACACGCAGCAAUUGCGAACUGGAGGUUGCUGUUCCUCGUCGAGGGACUUCCAGUCUGUGCGGCUGCUCUUCUGGCAUACUUCUUUGUGCCAGAUAGCGCGCAAGACGCCAAGUUCCUGACGGAUGAGGAGCGAGAGGUUGCGCGCGCGCGCUCAUUGCAACAGUCUGGCGAGCCAGAGCGCGCCGGGAAGAUUCAAUGGAAGGAAUUGGGCGAGACCCUGCUCGAUGCGAAAGCUUGGCUCACAGCGUUCAUGUACUUCAGCUGCAAUGUCAGCUUCUCCUCGCUCCCUGUUUUCUUGCCCACCAUUUUGAAGGAAAUGGGCUUCACAGCAAUCAACGCUCAGGGUCUAACAGCCCCGCCGUUCUUCGCUUCGUUUUUGGCCACCAUUGCGACCACUUGGGUGGCUGAUCGUACUCAGCAGCGUGGACUGACGAUCAUCGGUUUAUCAGUGGUUGGCGGCGUGGGGUAUAUUCUCUGCGCGACCUGCACAUCAGUGGGUGCACGGUAUUUUGGUGUCUUUUUAGCGGCCUGUGGAGUCUUCCCCUCGAUCGCCAACAUCCUUCCAUGGGUUUUGAACAAUCAGGGCUCCGAUACCCGCCGCGGUGGAGGCAUCGUGCUGCUCAACAUCAUCGGCCAAUGUGGCCCUUUCCUGGGCACCAACGUCUUCCCCGACACCGAGGCCCCACGGUAUGUGAAGGGCAUGGCCAUUUGUGCUGCAUUCAUGUUCUUCACGGCAUUCCUUGCGCUGUCUCUGCGCGUGUUGCUCAUCUUUGAGAACCGCGGCCUCGAGAAAAAGUACGGGCCCCGCACCGAUGAUCCAAAGUCUACUGAUGCCCCGGUGGCGGAGGACAAUUACGGCGCCAAUUUCCGUUAUGUUUUGUGA